CCCAGUUUCGCUAGCGUGACCCCAGCCGAUGACGUCCGAGGCGAAAAUGACGGACUUCCGACCCUCAACACCAACUUUCUCGGCUCUCGCUAUUUGCAUUACCAACCCAACUUCCUCACGUUUCCGCCCGCCCUCCUCCUCCUUCAGCACCCAAAAUCCCCUCUCGCCUAACAGCGCCGAUUCACAAUGUCAAUACCGUCCAGAUUACUACCUCGGCUACGACCGUUAAUACCCUCACGAAGCAUCGUCAGCGCCACACCAAAUCGAACUGAAGACUGGCCGCAGCGCAGUUCCCUCGGCCCAUACUACGAAGUAAUUCUCAACAACCCGUCUCAUAUCCCAAUCGACAAACCAGAAGUCCCUCCCAAAACAGCAGACCCCUCAGUGCAAUCCGAGUUCCCCACCAAAACCGCAGUGCAAACACCAGAAGAAAAAGCACGCUUGGUCUUUGGCUCACGCCUCUUCGGCUCCGCAGAUAAAGACGAACGCCUAGCAGCGCGAAAAGCAAAAACGACAUACAUAGCCGGCGUGCUCGUACCGCCCAAGCCCGUUGAGCCGGAUAACUGCUGCAUGAGCGGCUGUGUGAACUGCGUGUAUGACCAGUAUCGCGAUGAACUGGAGGAGUGGCAGCUCAAGAACGCAGAGGCACAAGCUGCGCUGAGAAAACACGAAGGCUCGAUGGAUUCGGACGGUGGAGGGUCAGAGUCGAAUUGGGCUGCGCCAGAGGUUGGCAAGGCCAAGAUCGCAAAGGACUUUUGGGACGAGGAGCUGUAUGCGGAUUUGCCAGUUGGGAUUAGAGAGUUCAUGAAGACGGAGAAGCUUUUGAAGAAGAGGCAUGAGAGUGAGGGCACCAAGGAGAGCUGAGUGAAGCGUGAGUUGGAAUGGUUAUUUGGGCUGAGACAUGAUGGAAAAGCUUAUACCCCUUGUUUUCAUUUUACUCAUUGGGGGUUUGGAUGAUAGAGUUGACGAUUAGACUAUAGACAAGAAACUAUAUAUUAUAUAAACUUUUAAAGUGGGAGCAGUUUGGUAUCGCAAACUUUGAGCCUGGCGUAUAAGACUUGCGCUGACCCGCUUCCAUUGCCGUUCUGUUUGAACCUCUA